UUAUCCUUGGUCAGCGGCUGAAUUGUUUGUUCACGCGUGUUCGAACAAACGGAAGUCAAAAUGGCGGCAGAAGAAGAAGAUGACGAUAUCUGGGACAGUUGGGAAGAUAUGGCAGAUUCUGGGGAAUUAGAAAGACGAAUGGAAGAACGGGAGAAACAGAUACGAGAAAAGGACCAGAAACCUUCAAUUACAUCUAUAAAAAAGCAAGAAACUAAGACAGGUUCAUCCAUUCUGAUGCAAGAAGAUACAAACCGAACUCUGUACAAGCCACAGUUGAGAAUAUUAAAACGACCAGAUUCUGGUGGAACAAAUAAUUUGAAAAAUCAGGAAUCCUCCAAGGAGAAGCCUGCUCAUAAAACAUUAGCAGAGAGACAAGCACAAUAUGCAGAGGCUAGGGCACGAAUAUUGGGAUCUGCAACAGAUGAAAACAAUGAUUCAGAAAGUGAUGUCAGACCACAAUUACUACAAGUGGAGCAGAAACUGCCAGAGAAUGUCAUACGUUUACCAAGGGGUCCAGCUGACAAUGGUUCUAAAGGGUUUGAAUUCGCAAGGUGAAAUUAAAUACACGAUACACAAACUGAUCAGUUGAAACAAAGUAUUUUUCUUUAACUUCAUCGAAAGCAAGGAUCAUAAAUCGGGUAUGGAGCGGAAGCAUUGGCCUAGGGAUAUGUAGCACUCAUUUGUCACUGGAAGGAGUUCCUGGGAACAUUUUUAUGCAUGUAGUGGCUUGUCAUGGGAGUGUGUUUUGUAAUUAUCAAUGUCAGGCUGUCGAGUAGCCAUCUGUGGUCUUCUGCACCUGCUUCAAAAACACAGAGAAAGUCGUAUCAGCUUCACCUGGCGAAACAAAUAAACCCUUACCCGACUGGACUUUACUUCUGCGGCAUUUCUAGGAAUGCUUCAACAACCCAAGACUGAGUAGUAUUUCAUUCAAUUAAGUACUACCCAGUUCUCUUCAGCAGCGUUGGUACAACAACGUGAAAUAUCAAGAAUUUACUCGUCGAAACCAAUUCAAAUUUCCACCGACAGGACUUUUAUCCGGUAAUUUUGAUUUGGAAAGCUGUCUUACCGGAAUGGUAGAAUUCGUUUACGAGUCGAGUGUACACUUCACGUUCAUACAGAAUUCCAUUCUGAGUUUAUUUCUGAGACCAAUCAGACUUCAAAUCUCAGUGGCUGCACUGUGGGAAUGUGAUCGGCCAAACUUGGUCAAGACUUCAUUCACUGGACAAAGACUCGGUGUGUGUGUAAACUUAAGAGUUAGAGCAACAAUGUACCGAAUUUAGAGUCAAUCUAACUUCGGAAGGAAAUUUUAAAGCGAAAGCAUCUCUUUUUGUAUUAUUUUAACAACAGGUUACUAGAUAGCUGCGAAAAAGGUUUAAGCUCAAAGACCUGGAUGGAAAGGAUCCCUAGAUAAAGGACUGAAACCGUAGUAUUCCCUGUUAGUGCCAUUAACUUUUUUUGCCUAAAAACAUCUUACUUAGCCAUGAGCAACCGAAUCACCGCUUUCAGUCUAAAUAUGACAAGAGCUUUUUGAUUUUUUCCGUCUCUCAUUCGACAAACUUAGUAUCAGUUAACCAAGCCUCCGUGUCAGUUUACUUACGUACAUAGGAAGUCACUUCUUUUUCAGAGAAGAUGACGUGCGCUUUGCACAAGGUUCGGAACACGCGACCCGCGUGAUCUCCAUUUGAUCUCCAUUUGAUCAUGUGAUAGUAUGGGCCACCCCAGUCUAGUCUCCGUUUGACACGCGAUGGUAUGAGCUACUCUAGUUUAAACACUGUUUGAUAGCUUGGUUCAUUCCAGUUUGAUUUCCCUUUGAUCGUGUGGUAGUUCUGUCGAAGACAAUUUCGAAGGACGGAAAGCACGCAGUCAUUCACACAAAACGCGCAUGCAGGACGAGGACCAGUUGACUAGAAAAUCGAUAUCUUAGACCCUGUAGCCAUAAUCUGGGCGUUUGAUUCAAUUAUGAAAGUAAUGGUCAGUU